CGCACAAUCGAAUAUCGUAUUCGUGUGGCGCGCGAACGGGUACACUCGCCGCGCCGGCACCGGCAAAAUUACAGUGUUCAGUCGCGAGCGAGAACACGGGCCACCACUUGCCGCUUCCGUAACGUCGUGAAUCGUUACCCGUUGCGUGUGAAUUUUUUCUUUUUCACUACCGUCGUCGACUCGAUCCGCGCCACGACCGUUUUGAAAUUUUAUCCGUUACCGCGACCGUACGCGUUCAUUUCGUUCGCGUAGUUCAAUAAUAAUUAUUAAAAUCGGUUCGCCGAGUCGAGUACGUACGGUACGCGGCGUGUGUGCGUGCGUUGUGCGCGCGUAUGUGUGUUUAUGAGUGCGUGCACGUGUGUGUGUGUGUGUGUGUGUGUGAAGAUUUUUAUCCGAGCGAUAUAAUAUAAUAAUAACAAUAGUAAAAAUAAUUAAAAAAAAAAAAAAAAAUCUGUUCUCGAUUUCCGCCGAACCGGGUCCCGUGAAAAGUGAAAAAAAAAAAAUCAACAAAUAUUUCUACCAUAAUAAUCGUCGACGCGACGAUGAACGUUUUUCUGGUGAUCUAACGCGAACGCAUUUCGGUGUACUCGACAUUUACAAAGUUCGAAUCGCGUAACGUAAUAAAAUACGUGUAAUACGUGUUAUUAUUAUUAUUAUUUUGCGAUACAACACUGAAAUACAAUACAGUGAACUUACACGCUCGCGUCGCGCAGACCGUUGAAAAGCUCGCGUUAUCGACGCCCGCCGCAGACGCCGCCCGUCGACAAGAACUUCUCCAAGUUCGGACGCGCUUUCCGACGACGACCAUGGACGUGUUACCGAGCGGCAACAUAUUCCGAGAACUCCAGGACAUACACGAUACCGGUUAUUUCUCCGCGCACGUAUCACUCGAGGACCAUUGGCAACAGACAUGUUACGAGAUGGAACGUUACCUGAAAGAAGAGCCGAUGGUGUCAUCGUCGCCCGCCCGUUCCGAAUCGCCGUGGUUGACGACGUGGGCGACGCGCGUCGAGGUCGAGGUCGGACUGGACUGCGCGAGCAGCGUGACGUCCAACAGUAGCUCGCCGUCGACGUGCUGGUCCGGUUUCGCCACGCCGCCGCCGAGCCCACCGGACGAAACUGACGUGUCGCCCGCCGUGGUCGCCUCGUUGCUGUCCACGGCCGCGGCCGCGUCCACGUCCGCGGCAUCGCCGGCCCGCAGCGCGUUCACCACGGUCGCCUCGGCCUCCGCGUCAGCAGCGGCCGUCGCCGCGGCCACCGCCGCCUCGGCGGCCAUCAGCACAGCCGUCGGCACCGCGGCGGCCGCCACCACGACCGCCGGACUGCUGAAGGUCACCGUCGCCCCGGCCGCCCUGAGAACCUCGUCCGCCGUCGCCGCCACCACCACCGCCAAUCACGCCGGCACCAACACCACCACCACCACCACAAGCAACGCCAGCACCAACACCGCCACGGUCGGCGGCGGCGGCCGGACGGCGGUCGGCUCUGUGGCCGCGGUUGCGAUAUCGGCGGCCGCUUCCACGUCGCCGACGCGCCACGAGACCGGUUCCCACGUGCCAGUUCUGUCGAUCACCACCACCGCAGCAGCAGCCGCCGCCGCCGCUUCGUACCACCCGCGACUUCACCUGUCGCCGGACGCCACCAAGAAGAUACACAAGUGCAAGUAUCCCGGCUGCGAAAAGGUGUACACGAAGAGUUCGCACUUGAAAGCCCACCUCAGGACGCAUACCGGCGAAAAACCGUACAAAUGCGAAUGGAUCGGCUGCGGCUGGAGCUUUGCCCGGUCGGACGAGCUGACCCGCCAUUACCGCAAGCACACUGGCGCCAAACCGUUCAAGUGUCGCCACUGCGACCGAUGUUUCUCCAGGUCCGACCAUUUGGCGCUUCACAAGAAACGGCACUUCACUUAAACACGCGCACACGAUUUCAGGCAUUCACGCACACACAAACACACACACACACACACACACACACACACACACACACACACACACACACACACACACACACACAC